ACCGAUUCUAGCGCGAAUUUCAAAUUUGUGAUACAGUGAGACGUGUACUCAUGACGCGGGCCGUGCUCGUGGGGUUGCUUCUGUGCGUGCCCCUGCAGCUGUGGCUGGCAUGGGACCUGAGGGACCCUGACCGCACCCUCAAGGAGCAAUUAGUGCACUUCAAGCGCCUCUUCAUUGAAAGCGUUGAUUGGUGGAGGCGGUGGUACUUUCGCUCUCUCAACAGCAUUCGCAGUCUUUGGAGGAAAACUAGUCGAUACAAUUUGUACCAAGAGGAGUGCCCGGCUAAAGAGGUGGAACUGUACCGCAUGUCUAAAGGGUUCUUUGGACAGUCCCCAGACGUCAGGCAGUAUCGGCCGGACUAUUUGAAGCUGAGAAUCGGACAGGUUGUUCAAGUAGAGCAGUUCCAGAACCCUGGUGUGAUAAUUUCGUGGGACCUUUAUGCGAGGGCACCUGAAGAUUGGUUAGCUGAGAAAUAUGGACAUGACAAGGAACUCCGGAAAGAGCCCCACUAUCGGGUUCUCGUGGGUCAGCCUCAUUCAAAAGAGGUCUACGUUCCUCAAAGACAACUGACUGUUUUGAGAGCAACACAAGUGAACCACCCAAAGGUGUCUGAGCUGUUUUUCCGCUUUGAUGGUGCCCAGUACAUUCCUAAGGACAAGCUGAGAAAAACAUAUCCUCUAGACUAAGCGGCUAUAUCAUUUUUUUUUAAUUUAAUUUAUUGAAAGAGUGAGAUAUGCAUUGCGUUUAAACUAAAAGCCGAAUUGAUUUAAAUUUUUUUAAAUAUUCAUUGUUGAACAUUUAAUUUCCAAGCUACGUAAAAACUGAUAUCAAACGAUGAUAUUAUAAAUGACAUGGAGAACUAUAUAAGUCGAAAGUUAACAAAGAGUUGUUUUGUUUCAAAUACUGAUCAGAUAAAGCGAUCGAAGUUCUUGAUAAUGAUUAUAAUUUCAUCCUUUUAAAAUUCCGGCUGAUAUUACCGAAAAGGCAGCAAAAAUGUAAUAAUAAUUAAAGGAGAUUUCUAAUACGCAAACUGCAGUGUUUUUAAUUUUUGCCAGUUCUUUUGUUUCCUUUGAUAUUCAACCGUUGUGGGUUGUGCUGAGUGAGUGUUUAUUAAUCAUUGCGCUGUGUUAUCGUUUUUAAAGUGCAACAAUUCGUCGGGAAAAUGGAUUUGUGCGUAUACUUUGUUAACAUUGUUUCAGGAACAUUUUCUUUCUACGCGAUAAAAUAAAAUUGACUUGUCAAAAUAAAAAUGGAAAUUAAUGAGGAAAUU